AUGCCAAACGUGGCCUUGACCGUCCGAGUCUCCUCCUCGUCCAGUAGCUCCCAGAGCGGCAGGGCCCGGUCCCAGAUGACACGCCGGGGUCGGUGCCCCCCAAUCACGUGUGUCCGGUAUUUUUUUUUAGACUACCUGGUAAUUCUGUGCCCACGUGGGGCAGCCCCCUCCCUCCUGCCAGGCGGGCCACAGGGCACCCACGUGGGCAGCACAGGACUGACCCCCUCCCUCCCCCCGGUUUCUCCCUGCAGAGGCUACAUCGAAGAGAAGGUGCUGGACUUCGCCAAGCAGAACCCCGGGGUGGUCGUCUACGUCAGCCCCCAGGAAUGCAGGAGCCCCAUGAUGGUGGCAGAAUAUUUGAACGGAGCCGUGCGGGAAGAGCUCAUCGCUGACAAGUCGGUGGAGGAGAUCACGCAGCUGGUCCAGAAGCUGGUCACGCAGUCGGGGCUGGAGAUCAUCCGCAUCCGCACCAGCAUCCAGGGCCAGUGGCAUCCGUUCACCAACAAACCCAGCAUCCUCACCGUGCAGCGCCCGCGUGCCCAGGCGCCGCAGCCUAAUAAAGCGUAAGCUGCUGGAAAA